UUAGGACGAGGUCAGAGUCGGGGUUCAACGUUUUACAUAGGCAUGGAGCCAAUACAGGGAUAAAUUCCUUGACAAUUUUCUUUUCAAGAACAACACAUGUAAUACAUGUUAAAUUAAUGUACAAGAGUGCUUUUGUAGAGAUAGAUACUUGUACAAGUUUGUUCAUAAUAUUCUCCGCUUGGCGACAUAAUCGGGAUCUGAUGUUCUACAUGGGGGAAAUGCAACUUCUCAGGUGAGCGAUAUAUCCGGUGGUCCUCUUGUUCGACAAAAAUCUUGAGUAAUGGGCAAUCAACUAGUGGUUAUACCAAUAAAUGCAAUGAUUCGUGUCCAGUGAUUGAUGUGCGGAUGCUGAUGAACCUGUGAAUGAAAGUGUGUUUAAGAUAUAUCAUAGUAAAUAAAGACGAUCAAAGUAAACAAGUGUAUCAUAUGUCCUUCACAAAAUGGAGUUUAAAUGUCUGAUUUUGAGGUCAUGAUUUUGUAUGAUCUAAAUCAGAAGGAAGUGAGGAUCAACUAUUUCAGACAAUGAAAGUUGGCAAUUUGAGAAAUGGUUUUAUGAACCUGAUAAAGCGAUUGUGAAUUUAAAAAGGGAUGAGACAUCAAGCGUGUCUAUAUUCCACACGGAGUCGUCGCCUGUCAUAUCAGUCAUUUCGACACCGAUAUUCAGAUAGACUGUGUGGAGUUGACAAUGAAGAACUGGAAUUCCUUCUGUUGGUGCCUGCAGCUGCUGAUCGGCGUGUUGUUAAUGAUCUCCUCUCAGGCUGCUCAGUAUUCGGACGCCGAAUCACUGCUUCAAGUUGUCUUUAACAAUUACUCGACUGAUAUAGUUCCUAAAGAGAAUUUAUCAGAAGUUUUCGAGGUUUCUAUUUAUCCGUAUGUGUUUUCUGUAAAUGAUUUUAAUGAAGUGUCUGGAGUUAUAUCUAUUGUGAGUGGCUUUGUGUUGACAUGGCAUGAUUUCCGGUUAACUUGGACACCGAGCAACUACGGUGGCCUCCAGGACCUUGCGGUUCCAAAGAAGAAACUCUGGGUUCCGAACAUAUUUUUGGUUGACCCAGCCAAUAAGAUGGAAGCUAUCGGAGAUGAAGACUUUAUCGGAAGAAUAUCUUAUAGCGGUUAUGUGUCUUGGGUACCUGGAGGUCUGAUACAAACUCUAUGCAACGUUGACAUGUACAAAUUUCCUUUCGACACACAGACGUGUGGUUUUACUCUAGUUUUAUGGGGAUAUACGCCAGCCGAAGCUAAACUGGUUCCCUUUCAGAAUAUGACGUCCGCGGAUACACUGUAUUAUACUCCUAAUUCUCAGUGGACAUUGGAGGGAACUGUAAUGAAGCAAUCUGAUUUGGGAGGAUCGGACACUCUACUUGAAAUCCAGUUGAUUUUGAAGAGAAAAUCCCUGUAUUUUGUUAUCAACAUGUUGGCCCCCAUCCUUCUUUUGUCCUUACUUAACCCUUUGGUCUUUGCUUUGCCAAUUGAUAGCGGAGAGCGUAUAUCCUAUGCUAUUACAAUAUUCUUGUCGUUUGCCGUUUUUAUGACAUUGUUAAGUGACAAUAUUCCAAAAACUUCCGAGCCGAUGGCUUUGAUGUCGUACUUUCUUAUAACAACGAUGUGUAUGAGUACUUUGAUAUGCGUUUUGAGCAUUGUUACAAUGCAUUUUCAUUUCAAAGAUUCUGACUCGCAGGUGUCUUCGAAAGCUGCUUUUAUGCUUGACGUUCUACAAUUUCGAUUCUUAUGCCGCUUCUGUAGAAGACGUGAAAAGGUAUCUAAAGUGAAAGACAUCGUGGGUUUAAAUGUACGUUUUGUAAAAAGUAAAGACGAUAACGAAGAAAAAUCACCAGAUAAGGAAGCAGAGAGGAAUGUUACUUGGAAAGACAUAGCUGUCGGUUACGACAAAACAAUGACUUAUUAUUUUUACUUCAUUGUUUUUCUGCAGUGGAUCAUCCUUGGAGCGACAUUAGCAUAAUAUAUUAUUGACACUAUG